CGUCUUUCUCUUCGACGCAACUCAGAGGCUCUGGGGGUCGCCAUGGGCCGCCGCCCCGCUCGCUGUUACCGGUAUUGCAAGAACAAGCCGUAUCCGAAGUCUCGCUUCUGCCGAGGUGUCCCUGAUGCCAAGAUCCGCAUCUUUGACCUGGGUCGGAAGAAGGCAAGAGUGGAUGAGUUCCCGCUCUGUGGUCAUAUGGUGUCUGACGAGUGUGAGCAGCUCUCGUCCGAAGCCCUGGAGGCCGCCCGCAUUUGCGCCAACAAGUACAUGGUGAGAAGCUGUGGCCGAGACGGCUUUCACAUCCGGGUGCGGCUCCAUCCGUUCCACGUUAUCCGCAUCAAUAAGAUGCUGUCCUGUGCCGGCGCCGACAGGCUGCAGACGGGCAUGCGAGGCGCCUUUGGGAAGCCCCAGGGUACGGUGGCCAGAGUCCUCAUCGGCCAGGUCAUCAUGUCCAUCCGCACCAAGCUUCAGAACAAGGAGCACGUGAUUGAAGCCUUGCGCAGGGCCAAGUUUAAGUUCCCUGGGCGCCAGAAGAUUCACAUCUCAAAGAAAUGGGGCUUUACCAAGUUUAAUGCUGCUGAAUUUGAAGACAAAGUGGCCGAGAAGCGCCUCAUCCCGGAUGGGUGUGGAGUCAGAUACGUCCCCAGUCGUGGCCCUCUGGACAAGUGGCGAGCGCUGCACUCUUGAGGUCUUUGACAGCCCAGCCAGCUUUGGCCAUGUUGGUCUGACUUUUGCUCACCAAUAAAUUUUAUUUACUGGCAAAAAAAA